AAAUUGCGACAUAGCAUUAUCGGAUCCCUCAGAGUCAAAUAGAAUAUAGUGUCGAAAUGAAGUUGACAAAGUUAUGGUUGCUUUUUGUGUGCCUGGGGCUUUUCGUUACCCUGGUUGUGAGUGCCGAUACGGACUCGGAUGCCGAUUCGGAUUCAUCCGCCGAUUCGGAUUCAUCCGCCGAUUCCGAUGAGAAUACAACCGCAUCCGGAUCGAUAGUAACCUCAACCACGGAGUCCAGUGCCACGAACAGUUCCGGUUCCUCAGAUGAUGCUUCUGGCAGUAGUUCCGAUGUGGACGAUGGUUCCGAUGAUGAUACUGAUUCUGGAUCCGAUACGGAUUAUGAUACACCUACUACAGCUCCAGUUGUUAAAAAGAGGGCCAAUAGGAAGAAGGCUAACAAUAACAAGAAGAGAGCUAGCAACAAUAGGAAGAAGGCCAACAAUAACAACAACAACAAGAAGAGGGCCAACAGCAACAACAAUCGCAAAAGGAGGGCGUCCAACAACAACAAUAAAAAGAAGGCAUCCAACAACAACAACAGGCGCAGGAACAACAAUUCCAGGAGGCGUGGUUAGAGCGAAAAUGGUUGAAACAACAACUACAUGUGGACUAUAUGCAUAAUAAAUAUUUUUUUUGUUCAUGAUUCAAUAAUUGAUUGGUGCAUUGGUCUGAUUCGAAAACACACACACG